AUGGAGCCCUCCAGAGCGCUUCUCGGCUGCCUGGCGAGCGCCGCCGCGGCCGCCCCGCCGGGGGAGGAUGGAGCGGGGGCCGCGGCCGAGGAGGAGGAGGAAGAGGAGGAGGAGGCGGCGGCGGCCCCCGGGGAGCUGGGCUCCGACGCGCCGCUGCCCUACUGGACCGCCGUGUUCGAGUACGAGGCGGCGGGCGAGGACGAGCUGACCCUGCGGCUGGGCGACGUGGUGGAGGUGCUGUCCAAGGACUCGCAGGUGUCCGGCGACGAGGGCUGGUGGACCGGGCAGCUGAACCAGCGGGUGGGCAUCUUUCCCAGCAACUACGUGACCCCACGCAGCGCCUUCUCCAGCCGCCGCCAGCCCGGCGGCGAGGACCCCAGUUGCUACCCGCCCAUCCAGUUGUUAGAGAUUGAUUUUGCGGAGCUCACCCUGGAAGAGAUUAUUGGCAUCGGGGGCUUUGGGAAGGUCUAUCGUGCUUUCUGGAUAGGGGAUGAGGUCGCCGUGAAAGCAGCUCGCCACGACCCCGACGAGGACAUCAGCCAGACCAUAGAGAAUGUUCGCCAGGAGGCCAAGCUCUUCGCCAUGCUGAAGCACCCCAACAUCAUUGCUCUCAGGGGCGUGUGUCUGAAGGAACCCAACCUCUGCUUGGUCAUGGAGUUCGCUCGUGGAGGACCUUUGAACAGAGUGCUAUCUGGGAAAAGGAUCCCCCCAGACAUCCUGGUUAACUGGGCCGUGCAGAUUGCCAGAGGGAUGAACUACUUACAUGAUGAGGCGAUUGUCCCCAUCAUCCACCGUGACCUUAAGUCCAGCAACAUACUGAUCCUCCAGAAGGUGGAGAAUGGAGACCUCAGCAACAAGAUUCUGAAGAUCACCGACUUCGGCCUGGCUCGGGAAUGGCACCGAACCACCAAGAUGAGCGCGGCAGGGACGUACGCUUGGAUGGCCCCCGAAGUCAUUCGUGCCUCCAUGUUUUCCAAAGGCAGCGAUGUGUGGAGCUACGGGGUGCUGCUGUGGGAGCUACUGACUGGUGAGGUGCCCUUCCGAGGGAUCGAUGGCUUGGCAGUCGCUUAUGGAGUGGCCAUGAACAAACUCGCCCUCCCCAUCCCUUCUACAUGCCCAGAACCUUUUGCCAAACUCAUGGAAGAUUGCUGGAACCCCGACCCCCAUUCACGACCACCCUUCACAAAUAUCCUGGACCAGCUAACUACCAUAGAGGAGUCUGGUUUCUUUGAAAUGCCCAAGGACUCCUUCCACUGCCUGCAGGAUGACUGGAAACAUGAGAUUCAGGAGAUGUUUGACCAACUCAGGGCCAAAGAAAAGGAGCUCCGCACCUGGGAGGAGGAGCUGACGCGGGCUGCGCUGCAGCAGAAGAACCAGGAGGAGCUGCUGCGACGCCGCGAGCAGGAGCUGGCCGAGCGGGAGAUCGACAUCCUGGGACGCGAGCUCAACAUCAUCAUCCACCAGCUGUGCCAGGAGAAGCCGCGGGUGAAGAAACGCAAGGGCAAGUUCCGCAAGAGCCGGCUGAAGCUCAAGGACGGGAACCGCAUCAGCCUCCCUUCGGAUUUCCAGCACAAGUUCACGGUCCAGGCCUCCCCCACCAUGGAUAAAAGGAAGAGCCUCAUCAGCAGCCGCUCCAGCCCUCCUGCAAGCCCUACCAUCAUCCCUCGCCUUCGAGCCAUCCAGUUGACACCAGGUGAAAGCAGCAAAACCUGGGGCCGGAGCUCAGUCAUCCCGAAGGAGGAAGGAGAGGAGGAGGAGAAGCGGGCUUCCAAGAAGAAGGGACGGACGUGGGGGCCAAGUACACUGGGUCAGAAAGAGCUUGCCUCGGGCGACGAAGGCCUCAAGUCCCUGGUAGAUGGAUACAAACAGUGGUCAUCCAGUGCCCCCAACCUGGGGAAGGGCCCUCGGAGCAGCCCGGCCCUGCCAGGGUUCACCAGCCUUACAGAGAUGGAGGAUGAGGACAGCGAGGGCCCAGGGAGUGGGGAAAGCCGUCUACAGCAUUCACCCAACCAGUCCUACCUCUGUAUCCCAUUCCCUCGUGGAGAGGACGGGGAUGGCCCCCCCAGUGACGGAGCCCACGAGGAGCCCACCCCAGUCAACUCAGCCACCAGUACCCCUCAGCUGACGCCAACCAACAGCCUCAAGCGGGGCGGCACCCACCACCGCCGCUGCGAGGUGGCUCUGCUUGGCUGUGGGGCUGUUCUCGCAGCCACAGGCCUAGGGUUUGACCUGCUGGAAGCUGGCAAGUGCCAGCUGCCUCUCCUAGAGGAGCCUGAGCCACCAGCCCGGGAGGAGAAGAAGAGGCGCGAGGGACUGUUUCAGAGGGCCAGUCGUCCUCGACGGAGCACCAGCCCCCCAUCCCGGAAGCUCUUCAAGAAGGAGGAGCCCAUGCUGCUGCUAGGCGACCCCUCUGCCUCCCUCACACUGCUGUCUCUCUCCUCCAUCUCCGAGUGCAACUCCACACGCUCCCUGCUGCGUUCGGACAGCGAUGAGAUUGUGGUGUACGAGAUGCCUGUCAGCCCGGUGGAGGCCCCACCCCCGACCCCUUGCACCCACAACCCCUUGGUCAACAUCCGAGUGGAGCGCUUCAAACGGGACCCUCACCAGUCUCUGACUCCCACCCACGUCACCCUCACAGCCCCCACGCAGCCCAGCGGCCACCGGCGAACCCCUUCUGAUGGGGCCCUCAAGCCAGCGGCUCUCCUGGCCAGCAGGAGCCCCUCCAGCAAUGGGCUGAGCCCCAGCCCUGGAGCAGGAAUGUUGAAAACCCCCAGCCCCAGCCGAGACCCAGGUGAAUUCCCCCGUCUCCCUGACCCCAAUGUAGUUUUUCCCCCAACCCCGAGGCGCUGGAACACACAGCAGGACUCUACGUUGGAGAGACCCAAGACCCUGGAGUUCCUGCCUCGGCCACGUCCUUCUGCCAACCGGCAGCGGCUGGACCCCUGGUGGUUUGUGUCCCCCAGCCACGCCCGUAGCGCCUCCCCGGCCAACAGCUCCAGCACAGAGACACCCAGCAACUUGGACUCCUGCCUUGCUAGCAGCAGCAGCACUUUGGAGGAGCGGCCUGGGCUCCCCGCCCUGCUCCCGUUCCAGGCGGGGCCGCUGCCCCCCGCCGAGCGGACGCUUUUGGACCUGGACGCAGAGGGCCAGAGUCAGGACAGCACUGUGCCACUGUGUAGAGCUGAACUGAGCGCUCACAGGCCUGCCCCUUAUGAGAUCCAGCAAGAGUUCUGGUCUUAG